UGCUUCACACGGGUUAGGGGGUUCCCUUUGCCGUGGGAGUCUGUCUCCUGAACGCGUACAGGGGUGGUCGCUGUUAAUGGGGAGCGCCUGAAACCGUCGCCCAAAAAACAGAGCCGAACCGGAUCUCUGCUCCUCGACAGCAUGGCUAACGUCACCAAGAAAGUGUCGUGGUCCAGCCGGGACGAGGGAACCGGAGAGAGCACUCCGCUCCUAAACGGAGCUGGCAAAGACACUGCGGGGUACUCCAGACAGUUUUCGAAUUCCAGUAUUUUGAGGAGGCUGAGUUCCGUGGAUCUGGAUGACCAGAGCAGUGGGGACGCAGAAACAAGUCCUCUGAAAGAAAUCCCACACAAUGAAAAACUCCUUUCCUCAAAAUAUGAGAGCCUGGAUUAUGACAACAGUGAGAACCAUCUGUUUCUGGAGGAGGAGAGGCGGAUGAGCUCCCUGGAGUUUCGCAUGCUGGAGAUCAGCCGUUGGGUGGUGUGUGCUCUCAUUGGCAUCCUCACUGGCCUCGUCGCCUGCUUCAUCGACAUCGCGGUGGAGAAGCUGGCUGGGGUCAAAUACAAUGUAGUCAAACACAAUAUCGAUACAUUCACUGUAGCUGGCGGUCUCUCCAUAUCGCUCAUACUGUGGGCUGCUGUCAACGCAGCCAUCGUCAUGGUCGGCUCUGUCAUGGUUGCCUUCUUUGAGCCUGCAGCUGCUGGAAGUGGCAUCCCCCAGAUAAAGUGCUAUCUCAAUGGAGUGAAGAUUCCCCAUGUGGUUCGGCUGAAGACUCUCGUUAUCAAAGUGUUUGGAGUGAUCUGCUCUGUAGCUGGAGGUCUUGCAGUGGGAAAGGAAGGGCCGAUGAUCCACUCCGGAGCUGUUAUAGCUGCUGGCAUUUCCCAGGGCAGAUCCACGUCUUUAAAGAGAGAUUUUAAGAUCUUCGAGUACUUCCGCAGGGACACAGAGAAGAGAGAUUUUGUGUCGGCAGGAGCAGCUGCCGGAGUGUCAGCUGCAUUCGGUGCCCCAGUCGGUGGGGUGCUGUUCAGUUUGGAGGAAGGGGCUUCAUUCUGGAACCAGAUGUUGACGUGGAGAAUUUUCUUUGCGUCCAUGGUGUCCACGUUCACCCUGAACUUCUUCUUGGGUAUCUACCAUGGCAAGGUGGGAGACCUGUCGAACCCGGGUCUCAUCAACUUCGGGAGUUUCGAGAACGAGGCCAUGGUGUACAACAUAUACGAAAUUCCUGUCUUCAUAUUGAUGGGGGUGAUGGGUGGCAUUCUCGGAGCAAUCUUUAACACCUUCAACUACUGGCUGACCAUCUUCAGAAUCAGGUAUAUUCACCGGCCCUGCCAGCAGGUGAUGGAGGCUGUGCUGGUAGCAGCUGUGACAGCCACCGUUUCCUUUGCCAUGAUUUACUUCUCCAAUGACUGCCAGCCUCUGGGGGAGGACCAGGCAGAGUAUCCCUUGCAGCUGUUCUGCUCGGACGGGGAGUACAACUCGAUGGCCACAGCUUUCUUCAACACACCAGAGAAGAGCGUGCGAAGCCUGCUUCAUGACCCUCCAGGCUCCUACGACCCCCAGACCCUGGGCCUCUUCACACUCAGCUAUUUCCUACUGGCCUUCUGGACCUAUGGACUGACCGUGUCUGCAGGAUUGUUCAUCCCCUCUCUCCUGACCGGAGCAGCCUGGGGCAGGCUCUUCGGGAUCUUCCUGGCCAAAAUGUCAGACGGAUCUAUUUGGGCUGAUCCUGGGAAGUACGCAUUGAUUGGAGCUGCAGCUCAGCUUGGUGGGAUCGUUCGAAUGACUCUCAGUCUGACUGUCAUCAUGGUGGAAGCGACGGGAAAUGUCACCUACGGCCUUCCCAUCAUGCUGGUGUUGAUGACCGCGAAAAUAGUCGGCGAUUACUUUGUGGAGGGCUUGUAUGACAUCCACAUUAAGCUGCAGAGUGUCCCAUUCCUGCAUUGGGAAGCCCCAGCCACCUCCCACGCUCUCACUGCCCGGGAGGUGAUGAGCUCUCCAGUGACGUGUUUCAGCAGGUUAGAGAAAGUGGGCAACAUCGUGGAUGUUCUCAGUAACGCAGCAAUGAACAACAACGGCUUCCCGGUGGUGAGCGAGUUCAGUGCCAGCGCCGAGCCUGGAAGACUCUGUGGUUUAAUUUUGCGGUCACAACUGAUUGUUCUUCUGAAGCACAAGGUGUUUGUGGAGAGGGCCCACUCCAGCCUCAUUCAGAGGAAGCUGCAGAUGAAGGAUUUCCGGGACGCCUACCCUCGCUUCCCCCCGAUCCAGUCCAUCCACGUGUCCCAGGAUGAGCGCGAGUGCAUGAUGGACCUGAGCGAGUUCAUGAACCCCACGCCCUACACUGUGCCCCAGGAGACCUCCCUGCCUCGUGUGUUCAAACUCUUCCGAGCUCUGGGGUUGAGGCACCUCGUAGUGGUGGAUGAGGAAAACAGGGUCGUGGGGCUUGUGACGAGGAAAGACCUGGCCAGGUAUCACCUGGGCAAACAUGGUCUGGAGGAGAUGCAGAUCUCACAGACGUGAGGCCCGGGGCGUGCUGUCGGCAUACAGGGAGAGAGAGAGAGAGACUGAGACUGAGAGAGAGACUGAGAGAGAAACUGAGACCGAGAGACUGAGAGAGACUGAGACUGAGAGAGAGAGAGAGAGAGACUGCCCGGCUGCAAAGAGACUGGCUUCAGCACUCACAUGGAGCUGUAGGGCUGGGGGGGUUCUUCCAGUUAGGAAACGUUGUAAUGCCUUACAAGUGCCUAAAACCGUCAUCCUUAAAAACAUGUGUUUUUACUUUUAAAAAUAAUAUUAGAACUUUUGAGUUUUCCCUUUUUUAUAAUGUCGCUAAAGCUGUUUUUCUGUUGUAUUUUGCACAAGGAGCUAGGUUUAUUAAUUGUGAUUUUAAUAAACUUUUUGAAUAUAUAUAUAUAUAUAUAUAUAUAUAUAUAUAUAUAUAUAUAUAUAUAUAUGUAAUGCUGUGUAUUGAUCAAGGUCCUUGCCUUUCUGAUCUGGUAGUCUGAAAAGGCACUGGGUUAAUUCCUACUGAACGAAUUUAAACAGAACCUGGACUUACCAGGAGUCAAAUUACAACAAGCUGGAAAACACUGCUCAUAAGUAAAGCGUUGAUAAAGGUUGCACUGCAGAUUGUCCAACACUGCCCUUCUUCUAAAAGCCUGUGGCCUGUUCGUUUCAGUUAUCCUCUUGUGUGGUCCGAGUGCAGAGCUGGGAACAGGUCCCCAACACUCCAGUUGCCAUAACAGCUCACUUGAGAGUGAGGUUGGAUAUGUGUGCGUCAUGUGCACGCCCUUCAGUUUGCGUGCCAUGCUGUAUGUUGCAUUGUAUUGCAUUGUAUUUUUGUGGCGUUACAGUGUUUUAGCGGACCGUGGACACCAAAGUGAUAUUAAUAUAAUAAUGGAAUUGCAUAUAGCACCUUGUUAAUAAUAGUUCAUGUGGUAAUGAGAUUACGUUUAGGUUGUAUUGAACUUCGCAUCUUUCUGUGUCAGUUUACUCCCAGGUCUGUGCUCUUGCAGAUUGCUGUGUGUCAUUAUUAUUAUUAUUAUUAUUAUUACUAUUAUUAUUAUUAUUAUAAUAUAUGUUUUUUACUGGAUUUUAUACCUUGAUUAUGUGCACCAAUAAAGCUACUGAUUAUUAGAAA